AUGCAGCGCUUUCAUACGGCCCUAAAGUGGACAGAAUUGGAGCCGACGAGACCACAGGCGACCUGUACUACAUCACCGAGCUCACUACGCGGCUGUUUGCCGAGCGCAUACAAACGGCAGAUUUUCAAGCUCGAGCCCAGAGUAGACUCAGUUGCGGUGGCUGCACCCGACAACCCCGUCGCACGCAGCUGGAUGGCCCUGCAACGUCGUAUCAUCGGUGACUACUGGGGCCGCACGGUACCUCGCGCAAAUAAGGAAACUCUCGCCACCGUGGAAGAGCUUGAUGACCAUGUCAUCCUACGGGAGCCUUAUGCCCUUCCCCCGGGUGUGGGACCUGUUCAUAUCAUACUGGAUUGUGUUAGCAACGGCGCUGCUGCGUCGGGGAUCACCCAGACUGCCCAGGGUGUUUAUGGAGAGAAACUACAUCCAACGGAGACCCCCAUUAGCUUUUUGGGAUCCAACGCGGGGUGCUUUGCGGUGCAGGAUUGGAAGACCCAGAUGCCUGAGGUCCUGCACAUGAUAUCCGUGUUGGAGGCGCCGUUUGAGAUGUUCAUCGCUCCUCUGAGUGAGGUGGCUUCUGCCUGGGAGUCGGAGGCGGCUUUAAUCGAGAGAUUGGUUGUGAUUCCUGGGCUGUUAAUGGACUGUGGGUGUUUGUCUUCUUUAUUUUCGUUUUUAGAGGUUACUAGUGAGGAAAGAUUCGCAGGAGCGUCCGGCUCAUAG